UCCCUUGCUCGUCCUUUGUUUCGCCAAAAGAUAAUCGAGGUUUUAAACAAUGGCCGACAACAACGCUACUGCUGUGCCCCCUGCUGCUGCUGCUGCUGCUAACGCAGAGGCUCCUGUUGAGAAGUCAAAGAACGCUGACAAGAAUGAGGCCAAGCGUCUUGCAAAGAUGGAAAAAUUCCUGGCGAAGCAGAAGGCUGCUGCAGAAAAGACUGCUGCCACUCCUGUCAAGGGAAAGACCAAGAUUGAGAAAGUCACUGCUUCUACUCCUGCUGCUGCUCCUGUGCCUGAGUUUGUGAACACAACUCCCAAGGGUCAAAAGAAGGACAUGUCUCAGCCGAUGGCUGCCACUUACAACCCCAGGGCCGUUGAGGCUGCAUGGAAUGACUGGUGGGAGAAGGAACGUUUCUUUGAGCCUGAAUUGACUGCUGAUGGAAAAAUCAAGGAAGAGGGUGUCUUUGUCAUCCCUGCCCCUCCACCCAAUAUCACUGGAAGCUUGCACACUGGACACGCUUUAGCUAUCACUAUCCAAGAUGGUCUUUGCCGCUGGAAUCGGAUGUUGGGUAAGACUGUCUUGUUCAAUCCUGGUACCGACCAUGCAGGCAUUUCAACCCAAUCGGUUGUCGAAAAGCAACUCUGGAAGGAGAGCAAGAAGACACGCCACGAUAUUGGACGCGAAGCUUUUGUGAAGAAAGUUUGGGAAUGGAAGGAUACUUUCCAGGCACGUAUUCAUAAUCAAAUCAGACGCCUUGGAGCCUCUAAUGACUGGUCUCGUGAGGCUUUCACCCUGAGUGAUAAGCUCUCGCAUGCUGUCACUGAGGCUUUCUGUAGACUACAUGAGGAGGGUACUAUCUACCGCGCCACCCGUCUUGUCAACUGGUGCUCAGAGCUCAACACUGCCCUUUCCAACUUGGAGGUCGACAAUAAGGAACUGACUGGACGCACCUUUUUGAAUGUUCCUGGAUAUGAGCCCAACGAGAAGUUUGAGUUUGGUGUUUUGAUUUCGUUCGCUUAUCCUGUUGAGAACUCGGAUGAGAAGAUUGUCGUCGCCACCACUCGUAUUGAGACCAUGAUUGGUGAUACUGCUGUUGCCAUUCAUCCACAGGACGAGCGCUACAAGCACCUCCAUGGCAAAUAUGUUAUUCACCCCUUCUCUGGGCGUAGGAUCCCUAUUGUCUUGGAUGACAUCGUUGUUGACAUGGCCUUCGGUACUGGAGCUGUUAAGAUUACUCCUGCUCACGAUUUCAACGACUAUGAGGUUGGAAAACGUCACAAUCUUGAGUUUAUCAACAUUCUGAACGAUGACGGCACUCUCAACAACAACUGCGGUGAAUUCUCUGGAAUGAAGCGUUUCCAUGCUCGUGUUGCUGUUCUGAAGGCGCUUAAGGAGAAGGGUCUCUAUGUUGACACUGUUGACAAUGCCAUGACUGUUCCUCUCUGCUCCAAGACUCGUGAUAUCAUUGAGCCUUUAAUGAAGCCCCAAUGGUGGGUUAACUGCAAGGACAUGGCUGCUGACGCUCUUCAGGCCGUCAAAGAUGGCAAGGUGGUGAUCAGACCUCAGACCUCAGAAAAAGAGUUCUAUCGCUGGAUGGAGAAUAUCAAUGACUGGUGCAUCUCCCGUCAGAUCUGGUGGGGUCAUCGUAUCCCUGCCUACUUUGUGCGCUUCGAAGGUGUGGAGCAGGACUUUGCUGAUGGCCAGUUCUGGGUCUCUGGACGCUCUGAACAGGCUGCACGUGAGAAUGCUGAGAAGAAGUUCCCUGGCAAGAAGUUUACAUUGGAGCAGGACCCCGAUGUUCUCGACACUUGGUUCUCAUCAGGUCUCUGGCCCUUCUCCAUCAUGGGCUGGCCUGAGAUGACGGAGGAUUUCAAGAAAUUCUAUCCUACCUCUAUGCUUGAGACCGGCUGGGAUAUUUUGUUCUUCUGGGUCGCUCGUAUGAUCAUGCUUGGUAUCAAGAUGACUGGCGAGGUCCCUUUCUCAGAAGUGUACUGCCACGCUCUUGUUCGUGAUGCCCAGGGUCGCAAGAUGUCAAAGUCUUUAGGUAAUGUCAUCGAUCCCAUUGACGUUAUCGAGGGUAUUUCUCUCCAAGCCCUCCAUGAUAAGUUGCGUAUCGGAAACUUGGAUCCUCGCGAGAUUGCCAAGGCUGAGCAGGGUCAAAAGAUGGACUUCCCCAACGGUAUUCCCGAGUGCGGAACAGACGCUCUCCGUUUCUGCCUGAGUGCCUACUCUGCCUUUGGUAGAGAUAUCAAUUUAGACAUCUUGCGUGUUGAUGGUUACCGCAAAUUCUGUAACAAGCUCUGGAACGCUACUCGGUUCGCACUCUUAAAGUUUGAGGAAGGCUUCUUGCCCAAUGCCACUGCAGCCAAAUCUGGUCGCGAGAGCUUAGCAGAGCGCUGGAUUCUCAACAAGCUCAAUGUUGCUGCCGUGGAGUUGAAUGAGCAGCUCAGUCAACGUAAUUUCAUGAAGGCUACGGAUGCGGUCUACAAGUUCUGGUUGUACGAACUCUGUGAUGUCUAUAUUGAGAUCAUUAAACCCAUCACUGAGGGUUCGGACCAAGUUGCUAAGCGCUCUGCUCAGGAUACUCUCUAUACCUGCUUGGAGGCGGCCUUGAGAAUGCUGCACCCUUUCAUGCCUUUCUUGACCGAAGAGUUGUAUCAGCGUCUUCCUCGUCGCGAUGGUGACAAGAUCCCUACGAUCGUCAAGUCUCCUUUCCCCGUUCACAACCCCUCGUAUGUGGACGAAAAGGCCGAUGCCGACUUUGAAUUGGUCUUUGCCGUUGUCCGUAGCGCUCGUUCACUGAUGGCUGAUUACAACCUGACCAAGGGUGGUCAAAUCUUUAUUCAUGGAUCAGCUGAGAUUGCUAAGCUGUUGUUGUCAGAAGAAGAUGGCAUUGUGACGUUGGCGAAGGGUAGUAAAUCCUGCAAGGUCGUGACAGAUGCUGCUGCUAUCCCUGAAGGAUGUGCUUCCCAGACUGUUCAGGAGGGAUGCUCUGUCUACUUAUUGGUCAAGGGUAUGGUUGACGUGGAUGCGGAGGUCCAAAAGAUCGAGAAGAAACUAGCCAAGGUCCAGAAGGCACAUGAUGACCUAUUUAAGAAGACUCAGGACCCCACAUACUUGACCAAGGUCAAGGCAGAGAUUCGAGAGAUGAACGCUGCCAAGUUGAAGGACUAUGAAGCCGAGAUUACCACACUUACAAGCGGUAUCAAUACCUUCUUGAAGUUGAAGGAUUAGAAAUAUUCCAGCUGAACACACACUGACAAUGUAGAAGUCGAAAUAAAAUAUUGAAAAGUAUUAAUAAAAUGAAGGUAUCACC